AUGGAUCUGAAUCCCCCGUUCGCGAUCCCUGACCGGAUCUCGUCUCUCAUGUCCCAAGGUCGCCGUCACGCUAUCCAUUUUCGCCAAGCUCGGUCGAUCAGCGCUGCCUCAAAGGUUUCCGCAAUUUCUCAGGCAUCAGUUGAAACGACGGUUUCGGAUUUCCUGGAGGCAAAAAUUGAAUCCCUUGCCAGUGAGAAAGACUACUUCAAAUGCGUGAAGGAGGGACUGGAUGAAGCCAGAACCACAGGUGCCCUAAACGAUACUGUCUUUCAAGAACAGCUAGGCCCUUGCCUAGAUCAGUUUCGUUCGAGUGCCAAAAAGCUCACUGUGUUGAAACGCCAGACGAGGAUGCUUGCAGACGAUCUAGAAGAAAACGUCGCGUUGAAGAAACAACGACACCAUGCAGUUCUCGAGGAAGGGCUCCUUGAAAGAGCCUAUCGGGACACGAUUGUCCCACGUGUUAUGGCAGCUUCGAAAUCUAAGAACCCAGGGCCCCCAUUUAAGCCUCAGGACUUUAAGAGAAAUGUCAAUCGAUUCUACGGUUUGGACAAAAUUUGUGAUCCAGGAGACUCGUACUGUCAUGUCCUUGGCAUCCACCUUGAUGCAGCGGCUGUUAAAGCAGCUCACAUCGUCCCAAAAAGCCUCAGCCCCGAAGAGGUGUCUUAUCUGUUUGGUGACGAGGAUAGAGAGCUUGUACGAGAUGACUGUCGGAACGCACUCUGCUUGCAUCGCAAAGUCGAAGAGCUCCUUGAUGAAGGAAUAAUUUCAAUAUUGCCCGUUCCUAAUGCUGUUGGUGAAUUCGAAACGCCUACUACUUGGAAAUGUGUCCUCCUUGACCUUCGGUCUCGAAAUAUGAGUGACACAAUCGUUCGAAAGCAGGAUGGAGAUUAUUAUCGUCUGAAGGAUCUUGAUAAUCGAGUAUUGACAUUCCUUUCUGACAACCGUCCGCGUCGGCGGUACUUAUACUUCCGAUUCCUAAUUUCUUACCUCAACGCCAAACGACUUAAUAUUGACUUUGCCCCCAGCAAAUUUGAUGUCAGAACAUUCUGGCCCUCGCAAGGACCCUACCUCCAUAAGUCAACUUUGAAGGCGUUGGCUCGCUGUGUUUCAGGAUGCGAAAUCCCUGAGCGGCUUGUUGAUGACAAUACUUUCGAUGAGCCAGCAGACAAUAGCGAAGCAGAAGAAGCUGGAAUGAUCCUAGGAUCGGAAUUGCGGCGCCUGCGCAGUGGACGAAUUGAGAAUACUGAAAGCGACAGCCUGCGGGACGCGGUUCUGGAGAGUCUGAAAAUCCUUUAG